GAUUGCUGCCCUGAAGUGAGUGAAGUGAACACCAAUGUCCUGACACAGAAAGAAGUGAAACGCGGGGAACACAGAGAGGAGACACGAAAGCAACAGAGUUUUAAACACCGAGUAGCCGUUAAACCAAAGAACUCAGAGGGAGAUGGCUGUUCCAUAUGAAGGCCAGUCUUUUGCUGCACUAAGGAGACAGUGUCGGCUGAACGGUCAUCUUUUUGAAGACCCACUGUUUCCUGCAUCUGACAAGUCUUUGUUCUACCAAAGCAACCGCAGCGGAAGAGUCACCUGGAAAAGGCCCAAGGAGUUAUGCAGCAACCCACAGCUGUUUGUGGAUGGUAUCAGCGCCCACGACCUGCAUCAAGGCCAGCUGGGAAACUGCUGGUUUGUAGCUGCCUGCUCUAGUUUGGCCUCCAGAGAGUCUUUAUGGCAGAAGGUAAUCCCUGACUGGACAGAUCAGGAGUGGGAUAAGGAUAAACCAGAUUUGUAUGCUGGGAUUUUUCACUUCCGGUUCUGGAGGUUUGGUGAGUGGGUGGACGUCGUUAUUGACGACCGAUUGCCUACUGCAAAUGAAGGGCUGAUUUACUGCCACUCCAAAGACAGCAAUGAGUUCUGGAGCGCACUGGUGGAGAAGGCAUACGCCAAAAUGUGUGGAUGCUACGAAGCACUGGAUGGCGGCAACACUGCAGAUGCUCUUGUGGACUUCACUGGUGGGGUUUCAGAACCACUUGACCUGUUAGAACAUGGAUACAAAGGAGAUGAGGAAAAAUGUAACGAUCUGUUUGAGAGAGUCCUCAAAGUUCACAACAGAGGAGGCCUCAUCAGCUGCUCCAUCCGGGCAACCACUGCGGCAGACAUGGAGGCCAGACUGUCCUGUGGACUGGUAAAGGGGCAUGCCUAUGCAGUGACUGAUGUCCGCAGGGUAAGGCUUGGCCACGGCCUGCUGGCCUAUUUCAGGUCAGACAAACUCACCAUGAUCCGCAUGAGAAAUCCAUGGGGACAGAGAGAGUGGAACGGGCCCUGGAGUGAUAGCUCUGAAGAGUGGAACAAAGUCAGUAAGAGUGAGCGAGAGAAGAUCGGAGUCACUGUGCAGGACGACGGAGAGUUCUGGAUGAAUUUUGAUGAUUUUAUCGCUAACUUCACGGACCUUAUCUUGUGUCGCCUCAUCAACACAUCCUACCUUAGUUUCCAUAAGACCUGGGAGGAAGUGGUCAUGCGAGGAUCUUGGCGUCGACAUGACGAUCCACUUAUGAACCGAGCUGGAGGCUGUACUAACAACAAGCACAGCUUCCUCCAAAACCCACAGUACGUGUUUGAUGUAAAGAAGCCCGAGGACGAGGUUCUCAUCUGUCUUCUACAGCAAGACCGCAGGGCCAGACUGAGAGAGGGGCGGGGUGAAAACCUGCCCAUUGGCUUUGACAUACACAGAGUGGAGUUAAACCGGAUGUACCGUAUGCAUGUGAACCAACAGAAGGUUGGAGGAAGCACUUACAUCAACUCCAGGUCUGUGUUUUUACGUAUCGAACUGACACAGGGGCGCUAUGUUGUCAUACCAACAACCUUUGAACCCGGUCUGGAGGGUGAAUUCCUGCUCCGCAUCUUCUCUGAUGUAUCUGCAGACUGCAAAGAGUUGACUCUUCAUGAGCCUCCAAAGACCUGCUGGUCAGGUCUGUGUGGUUAUCCGUCUCUGGUCACUCAGGUCCAUGUGCUGCAGGCCAACGGAGUAGCAGGACAUGACUCAGAUGGAACUUCAGAUCCAUAUGUGAUCAUUCGCUGUGAAGGUGACAAGGUUCGUUCUCCGGUCCAUAAAAGCACUCGCAGCCCGGUCUUCAAUGCCAAGGGACUCUUCUACAGGAAGCACAUCAACAAGCAAAUCAGCAUUGAGAUCUACAACCACAAUGUCCUGAUGGACUCCUUCCUGGGUCAGGUAAAGUUACCGGCAGAUCAAGGAGAAUUCCAGCAGACACUACACCUGAGGGGCAAGGGAGAUCGCCGUGACAACGACCUCCCUGGGACCAUCACUGUUGCCAUAGUCACCAGCUCUGUGCUCACCAACAUUUGAAUAAGACUCUGUCUGAGACAUGUCCAAAGGGACAGUUUGUCUUAAACAAUGAUCAAUGACAUAAUUUUAUCAUGAUAAAAAAAAGUUCUGUUUUUUCCAAAAACGAGCUCAAAAGAGCUAGUUAUUAUUAUUGGGGGUUUUUUUCUUCCUUUUUUUAUGUAGUUCCCACUUUGUCUGAUUGAAUUCAAUGUGAAAGCAGCUUCUGUGGAUUUAUAUCCACAUCCAUAUCCUGUUUACUCUUACCUUUAUUCUAUUUUCAUGUACUAUUUUGAAUACUAUAAGUGUCUUUUAUAUCCUUAUUGUGAUAUUUCUCUAUCUAGA